UAUCCUUCCGGUUGCAAAGGCGACGCACACACAGCGACACCGAGAGAGACCAGACCUCUUCCUUCGUCUUCCUUCCGCCACCAACUUUUUGCCUUGUAACCAUCGCUCGCGGCAUCGCCAUACGAAGCUUACUUACACCUAUAUAUUUCUUCCACACAUACACAUCUCUACACCUCCCUCUCUCUCUCUCUAGCUAGUCUCUACCUUCCUCUCUCCUUUGCCAUUUCAGCCUAGAGAGAGAGAGAGAGAGAGAGAGAGAGUUGUUGGACGCCAUUGAUGCUGUAGCAGAGGAGGGGCCAAGGUCCAAGAAAGGGAGAGAGCAUGGAGGCUGCUGCAAGAGGAAGAGGAGGUGGUGUGCUGGUGGCUCUUGCCGCUCUGCUGCUACUUGCAUUGGCGAGCGGCGCGAGCGCGUGGGCUCAUGGCCACGGCCACGGCCACGGCGGCGUGGGUGCCGGCUUGGUCCCCGGCGCCGGCGCCGGCGAGCGGCGGUACGUGGAUCUCGCGAUGAGGAGGAUGGAGAGCGUCAGAUCUUCCUUCGGCGCGAGGAGGGAUUUAGCAACGUCCACGGCGAGCUCGCGGGUGUACCGCGUGACGGACUACGGCGCCGAUCCGACCGGCGGCGCGGACGCGACGGCGGCGAUCAACAGGGCCAUCGCCGACGCGUUCCGGCGGCCGUCCAACGCCACGCUGACCGGCGGCAUCCCCGACCUCGGCGGCGCCGAGAUCCACCUCGACGGCGGCUCCUACCUCCUCAAGGGCCCCCUCACCCUCCCCGCCUCCGGCGGCGGCAACGUCAAGAUUCACAGCGGGUCGCUGCGGGCGGCGGAUGACUUCCCGACCGACCGGUACCUGAUCGAGCUGUCGGCGAAGGCGGCCGGCGGCGGCUCGCCGUCGCUGAGCUACUACUACGAGUACGUGACGCUGCGCGACCUGAUGCUGGACUGCAGCUACCGCGGCGGCGGCGUGUCGGUGGUGGACUCGCUGCGGGUCGGCGUGGACAACUGCUACGUCGUCCACUUCGCGACGGACGGCGUCGCGGUGAGCGGCGGCCACGAGACGUUCGUCCGGAACACGUUCCUGGGCCAGCACAUGACCGCCGGCGGCGACUCCGGCGAGAGGGAGUUCACGGGGACGGGCAUCCGGCUCGACGGCAACGACAACUCGGUGUCCGACGUGGUGGUGUUCUCGGCCGGGACCGGGAUCAUGGUCACCGGCGGCGCCAACGCCAUCUCCGGCGUGCACUGCUACAACAAGGCCGCCGGCUUCGGCGGCACGGGCAUCUACCUCAAGGUGCCCGGGCUGACGCAGACGUGGAUCACCAACUGCUACAUGGACUUCACCGGCAUCGUCGCCGAGGACCCCGUGCUGCUCCACGUCUCGAGCUCCUUCUUCCUCGGCGACGCCAACGUCGUGCUCAAGGCCGUCAACGGCGUGGCGAGGGGGGUCCAGAUCGUCGGCAACCUGUUCAACGGGAGGGACAAGGGCGUCGACAUCGUGCAACUCGACGGCAAGUUCGCGACGGUGGAGCAGGUCUACGUGCAGCAGAACGCGGCGACGGGGAUGACGGUGCGCUCGACGUCGGCGCGCGGCACGGCGGAGGGCAACGGCAGCUCGUGGACGGUGGACUUCUCGCCGGUGCUGCUGUUCCCGGACCGGAUCGGCCACGUGCAGUACUCGCUGGUCGCCGGCGACGCCUUCCCGGGGCACGCGCUCCGCAACAUCUCCGGCAACCAGGUGGUCAUCGCCACCGACGCCGCCGUGUCCGCCACCGUCCACGUGCUCGUCGACCAGAACAGCAACUGAUCAAAACCAAAACAAAAAAUCAAAAUGCAAUGCGUUUUCGCUGCUGCUGCUGCCUGCCGCGAUUGCACGCGAGCAAGGCGUCGUUUGAUUCGUUUGUUCUUGCGACUUGUCCGGCAAAUUCGUCUCUUCGUCAGAGUCUCGGAUUGAGAAAGCUAUAGCUGUAUUGAUUGCUUCAGAAGUUGAUUCAGAAUGGAUCGCUUCAUCGGUUCAGUUCAUCUUGCUUCCAGUUUACAUAAUGCCUCAAGAUUCAGCCAAGAUUUCAUUUUUCUUCAUUCAAAAAAAAGUAUUUUUAUUUUCUUUCAAUAAUGGCCUCAAGAUCAGAAUUAUGAUACAGAGAAACAGUUGGACAUUCAGUUAACUGAAUCCACUGAAAAUAAUGAUGCAACUGCUGGGAAACACUUUUUAGCA